AUGUCUGUGUUUGCCCCAGCACACUAUGGACUUCUCAUUCUUCUUCUACUGGAACAACAACAUAUAAAUUCCAACAUCACUAGUAAAGCUGCCUGGGACAACACCUGGUGUACCAGCGGCAACAUCAAUGGACAACCUGAAAUUCCAAUUGCCUUCAAGAUGACGUUUGAAGACAUCAAGUUGAGCAUCAGUUUGAUGGAGAGAGGACUUGUUGCGGGAGCAGAUUUGAGUGAGAUAUUUGUCGGCGACCCAGCCAAAGUGAAGGAGCUGGAGCGAUGCUUGACGUGUCCACGGUUAGAAUCAGGUGUCAAUGGGAAAACCUCAUUGUCCGUCUCUGAGACCGUGAUCUUUGCUGUCACUGCCGUGACUGAUACCAAAUACCUGAUUCCCUGUAUGAUGAGGGAGAGCUUGGUGGAGAGCUUUGGGAUGGAGAGGCUAGGUAACUGGGAGGGCAGUAAUUUGGUGUACAAGAGCGUUGAGGAGGUGGCAAACAUGAACCUUUGCACGAAGUGGCACCUAGGUGGUGGGAGGAAGUAUGCCGCUGAACUUGCACUAGACAAUGAGUUCCUAAGCGGUAAAUAG